GAGGAUCUACGGCAAUGGUCACACAACUUGCGGCUGCGAGGGACGCAACGAAUAUGGUCAACGUGGAGGGGACGCAUCAAGGUUUCAGAUGAUGAUAAAAGAGAUGACAAGACAGUCAUGAGUUGAUCUUGUCCAAGAGAAGUGAACAUCGAGACGGGGUGGAGCUUUGAACAUAAUGUUCAGGGUAUGUGAAGGUCUCACACAAAGUCUCUUCAUCUUCUACUUAUCUCUUCGAUGCACCAACACUGCAAGGUAGCGAUCCUGUGAGUUUUCACAUGACGCACGUCCCUCCAUGCCGAACCUCUGCAUGGUGAAGGCAUCUCGUGACUGUGCAACACGUGCUCGUCUUUCUUUCACCGGCAUGAGAUUGCUCAAUGACAUUCUGGAUUGUUCUGGGACGAGACAUGUGCUCCUUUGUACAUCUGCCUUGUUUGCUCCCCUUCAUGUCUUUCUGGUUGCUCUCCCGCAAGCAAGCACAUCCCUCCCCGCCCAGCCACCUCAUGGCGAAUGCGGCUCGUGAUCGUGCGAAAGGGUCGGUCUCUACACCUCUAGUGCUAGCAAGACGAUGAUGCACUGGCGAUCAGGGACUGGACAUCUCCCCCGCUUCCUCCCCUCCUCCUCCUCGUCCUCCUCGCCCUCCUCCUCGCUUCUCACGUCUGAAAACGCAGGUUAGGAGACCCAGGGGGGGGACCGGAGGACGAAGGUCGACACGUUGAUGAUUGGAGGGAAACGAAACUUGCGAGUAUGAGAGUGAAAGGAAGUCAAUAAGAUUGUGCAUAAUCUGCCCAUUAUUGGAAAUGAAA